AUGUCGCCCAUGCAGAUGGGCAUGGAACCGCUGCUCCCGCCCACGCCUCCGUUCGUCAUGCAGCAGUUCGGUUAUCGCCCGCAAAGCCAGAACAGCCAUCGCGACAGCAGCCAGGGAGGCGGCCAGCGCAGGAGCCACAGCUCGAGCCCGACACCACCUCCCCAGCAUCUCACAGCAGGGAGCGGUCGGAACCGCGGUCGCAGAGCUCAAGUCCUACGCCGCGCGUCAGCAGAAGGCUUCGUUCCCGCCAAGCUCUGGUGGGAGCGCGGUGCGCGCAAGCCACUACCCGCCGCCGUCACCAUCAUCUUCGCGCCAGCAGGACUACAGUCAUCACCGUCGCUCGAGUGCCGACAUGGACCUGCACCAUAG